AUGCAGAUGCUCCCCAGUCGAAUUGUCCGGGCAUCGCCCUUUCGAUCAACCACCCUCGCGGCAGCUCGACGACUACCGAUCGUCCAGCAGCGAAGCUUCAUUCCCCCCUCGAUCAAUUCUAAGGCCCUUACUGAGGAGAAGUAUCCGGAUCCUGAGACUCUGACCGAGGCUGAGGAUCCAGGCCAGAACGGCGGUUACAUCAACCCGCCCCGGAUCAAGCGACAGUUCCGUGACCCCCAUGCCGACUGGUGGGACAAGCAGGAGAGGAGGAACUAUGGCGAGCCGGUGCACGAGGAUCACGAUAUCCUGGGAAUGUUCUCGCCAUACGAGUACACGUGGAUCUCUCCCGGCAAGGGACUAUUGCAGAUCGGCGCCUUCAUUGUGACCGUGUUCGGACUUCUAUUUGUUGUCAAGGCUACAUAUCCCGACCGACCGUCGUACCCGCGGGAGUUUGAGGGAGGUCUGCAAAAGGAGCUGGGCGGGUUGGGAGCCAUCGGGGCGAGGAAAAUAGGCGACCCGGAGCCCUUCCAAGAAGAGGAGCAGGAAUAA